GCUGGCUUAAACUCAGUCGGUCUUGGCUCCCUGAACCGUGAGAACGUUUUUCGCACCUGAGUUACCUACAAUUGUUCGAUAUUGUUUUACAAGUCGGAAAAGAAAAUCUUGAGAAACACCCGCGAUGCCUUUCUACGGUGACGGGGGCCCAUAUUAUUAUGGGUCCUCGUUCGCGAAUCAUAGUUCCUUGAUGACAGGCACUGCUCGAAGCCUUCAUACUCCGCUUUCGUCAAGAUAUGCACCUCAUCUGUCAACGAUCGCGGAAUCGCCGUUGAGCAAUCUCCGUCGCUACUCGCCAGCCACGAUUGCUUGUCGACCAAAACGAAUCGACACAGCCGACAUCGAUGUCUCGACGCCCAGGACUUUAUCCGAGGAUCAUGGUCGGAACAAGAGUAAACUUCGUCGGAACAGACCUACUAUCAGGAUAAGGUCAAGGGCGUUGAAGGAUAAUCCAGCCUUGAGAGAACUCAAUGAGAAACAUGAAAAAACCGUCGGAGAACUCCUUGUAGAGAAGUUUUUGAUUAAGGAUAAGAAAACUGAAAGAUAUGAUCCGAAAACUAGACUGUAUCGUCAGGUCAGCCUCGAUACGGAUCCCAAUGAGGCGCAGGCCACACGUAGAAGAGUUACACGUAGGUUUACCAGGAGGAAAUCUUCCGCGGAUUUACCUAUUGAUCCUGAUGUUAUCGAGAGAGAGGUUGCACUUGUUCAGGCUCAGACUGAAGCUUUGGACACUCUUGUGGCUGAGGCUCAGGCUGAAUUCGAGGUUGCGACCAGGCGAGGUACUGUCGUUAAGAAAAGUUCCUCCAGGGGUCUCAUCCAUGUGCCUAAUCUCAAGGAAAACGAUAUCGACAUUUCACAGGAAGAUGAUGAAUCCGCUAAGCAGAAAAAGGUCGCUAAGAAAGUUAGGAAGAAGAAGAAACAAAUUGAGAAGCCUUCGCCAACGGGGAAUGAGGAGAAAAUGAGAAUACGUAAAUCCAAGACUGAGGGAGAUAUUACUCAGGAAAUGGAUGGGAAUGAUGAUGAUGAUUCUGGAAAAAUGAGAAUGAAACAGUUUAAAAUCGAGGCUUGUAACAGCGUUGGCGAUUUUUCGACUUUGUGGAUAAAAGCAGCUCCUGAUACCGAUCAAUCUUAUAAGAGUAUUGAACAAUUUCGCGAAAGUGUGAAAUUGCCUGCACCUACAAGAACUAAUGGGAAAAUCGAACGGAUCGAGCCAGAUAAUUUCUUAGAGGAAGGAAAUGAAACGGUGAUUUUACCUAUUAAAAAGAAAUAUAUGAAAGAUACAUCGAGGAAUAGUGUUUGUUUGACACUUCGGCAAGUCUCGCGAGACAAGCCGAAAAUAAUACAGAGUGAAGUAGUUGAGAAAUUCGAAAAGAACGAGGAUAAUGGGAAGUUCGGAGAAGUUGAAAAAUCAAAAACGGCUGAAAGUUUGUCGGAGGAUUCUGAUAAAGUAAAUUUAGAGAUAAAGAAUAUUGUUUAUUCAAUAAAGACAUUACCAAAUCCAUUAGAUCUGAAUUUGAAUGAGAACGAUCCUGCUGAUUCUAUAAAAAUACAAACAGAGAAUGCAAAACCAAUUGAUAAGAACUUGGAAACGAAUAAUAAACCACCAUCAUUAAAUAUUCACGAUAUAGAAAAGCAUAUCAUGUCUGAUCGUAAUGACACGAACAGUGUGGAAUUGCAAAAAAUCAAUUCCAAUGAAACCACUCCCUUGUCAACACCAAAGAAUAAACUGGAGAAAAACGAUUCUGCAGAUUCACCAACGGUCACAUCAUCAAAGAACUCUGAAAUUUCAAAAAUAUCAAAAAUAAAUAUGGCCUUUGUAAACCCUCCACUGUCGCCGAAACUCAAAUUGCCCAAAGAUAUUAAAUUUCCGAAAAUCCAGAAAAACUCAUUGGAGAAAAGUAAUUCGUUAGAGUCGCCAAACAUACCUCAUGCCAAUGUUUCCCUGAAGAAGGUAUCGAAGAGCUUAGACAAAAGUGACUCCAUGGAUAGUACAGAAACUAAAGAAGUCACGCCAUCUGAAAUUCUCAGCAAUGAGUCGAAAAAGACUAAUGAUACAGAGUCGGCAAAGCCUCAAGUAAGAGACGUCGCAUUGCCAAAAGCGCAAAAAAGUAAUUCAGGCAUAAAUAACAUAGCGCUACUUGACAUGUCCGCGAAAAUUGAAGAGGCUCCAAAUCGUGUCAAGCACGAAGAACAUCUUCCGGAGGUGAAAACAAAAGUGUUGGGAGCAUCUUUAACAAAUGAAAAUGAAGAGAAGCUGAGUUCCUCAUUGCAAAGCAAAAAAGUAAAAGAACCGUCGGAUAAGAUGGAUACUGAAAAACUCUUGAAACCAUUAGAAUCCACAAAUACAUCUCAAACGAGUAAUAAAAUAGAGGAAAAUAAUGCUGAAGGAACUGACACUGUUUCAAUGACAAGGCCUGCUACGUUAGAAUUAAAUAAACCAAAGAAACCACAGACGUCAGAUGCUGAAGUCAAUUCUUGGGGAGAAAUUGGUAAAAAGGAUAAUUUGAUAUUAAAUAAAUCAUCAGCUCCUCGAGACAAAAAUGCGACUAGCGAAUCAAAACUGUUUACGGAGACUGAUAAGCUGCAAAAGAGCUUGAAUACAGGAACGCUGAAAAUAUCUCCAGAAUCUAAUGACGCAAUGGCGGUAUUUGUGAAUUCAAAAGAAACAAAAAUAAAUGUGUCCCAAGACGAUACAAAGAAAGAGACUGAUUAUAAAGUAAAUUCUGUACAAAAUGAAAAAGUAUUUCCUACAACCAAUAAUCCCACAAUGCCAUUGCAAGAUUUUAAUGACAAGAUUAAAGAAAAAGACACACCCCAUUUAAUUCAAAAGAAAAAAGACAUGACAGACAAUGCGAAACCAAUAUUAUCUAAAGAUACAACAACAGAGUCAAUACCCCCGCUUAAAGAGUCGCAGGAAGCAAUAAAUAUAGAAAAUGUAGUAGAACCCACGUCAGAACCUGUAGAAUCAGAAUCGAAUGUCUCAAACGUACCUGAAGCUUCAGAGUCGAGUGUCCCAACUCCGAUAUCAGAAUCAUCAGUCCCACUUAUAAACAUAGUAGAGAUACCUGCGACGCCAAAAACCGAGGCUUCAGAGUACAGUGCUGACGAAGAGCCCGGUACUCCUACAAACGAGUGGCCAGAGUCUUCAGAGAACGUGCAAACAAUCUCAAAGUGGGACUGUCAAGAUAAUCUAUCGAAUAUAAUUCAGCAAGAUCAGGAGGACGCUACGCCAGUUCCAUCGAACGAAGCUAGCCUGACGGUGAGUCCAUCCACGAGUCCCCAGUCUUCAAAGAAAAAGCGCGUUAUAAAACACAAACAAUCGACGUCAAAGUCACCCGAAGAGAAAGGUAGCUUGAAAAAACAAGAAUCUAUGGAAAGCCUAAAACCUCCAGGGGCGACGAAUUCUCCAAGAUACUCACCAAGAUCAAGUCCACGAAAUUCUCCUAAUCAACGACCCCUCGAUCUUAGAAAAAUGUUCUACACGACUCCUACGCCAUUAUUAACCGCCACCCCAAGAGAUCUGUCAAAAGUUCGAAGAGCGAAGGUCAAGAGGAAGGCUCACGUCACCAGGACACCAUCCGCGAGUAGCGACAGUGCUGAAAGUACUAGAAGCAAUCGUAGUACGUCUACUACCGAAAGCACCGAGGACACAAACUCGACCUGUACCGAGGUUGAGGACGACAACGAGCAGAAGAGAAUGGCCUCCACCCAUAGCAAUGAUUCUGGCUUUGACAGCUCGCCAAGACUCUCGAAUUGCGACAUGGCCUGCCACAAGAAAUGUGCAAAACUCACGGGGAAUCUUUGCGGGCUUAAUCAAAAGCUCGUUGCGGAAGCUUUACAAGCGCUAAAGAGAGCUCCCUCACAAUCAUCUGACAAUCAGCGCAACUCUGAAGGACCCGAUCAUUUCAGCAGUGGUCGAAUCACACCGCCGGCUACGAAUCUUCCACGAUUCAAGAAAUAUGCUGUAAAUGACUUCAAUUUCCUAAAAGUGCUGGGCAAAGGCAGUUUUGGCAAAGUCCUCCUGGCCGAAUUACGGGGCACUGAUUGCGUCUAUGCCGUCAAGUGUCUGAAGAAGGACGUCGUCCUCGAGGAUGAUGAUGUUGAGUGCACUCUCAUCGAGAGAAAAGUACUGACCCUCGCAACCAGGCAUCCUUAUCUAUGUCAUUUAUUCUGCACCUUCCAAACCGAUUCGCACCUCUUCUUCGUCAUGGAAUAUCUCAACGGUGGCGACCUCAUGUUCCAUAUUCAAAAAUCUGGCAGAUUUCCCGAACCCCGUGCACGAUUCUACGCGGCAGAGAUCUGGUCUGGACUAAAUUUCUUACACAAAAAGGGUAUCGUCUACAGGGAUUUGAAGCUGGAUAAUGUUCUACUUGACUUCGAUGGCCAUAUUAGAAUUGCAGACUUUGGCAUGUGCAAACUUCAGAUUUUCCUCGAUCGAACGGCCGACACGUUUUGCGGCACUCCUGACUAUAUGGCACCUGAGAUAAUCAAAGGUCUCAAAUACAACCAGUCUGUGGAUUGGUGGUCCUUCGGAGUUCUCCUCUACGAGAUGCUCACUGGACAGUCACCAUUCUCUGGCUGCGAUGAGGAUGAGCUAUUCUGGAGUAUAUGCAAUGAACGACCUUUUAUUCCACGAUAUCUUACCCAGGAAGCGACAGAUAUAUUAGUUUGCUUAUUAGAAAAAGAUUCUGGCAAGCGACUUCCAGGUCAUGAAAUUGCAGUUCAUCCCUUCUUCCAGGGUUUACCAUGGGACAGAUUAGAGAGGCGACAACUGGAACCACCCUUUAAGCCAGCACUGGAGCAUACCCUGGACACGAGAUACUUCGACACGGCUUUCACGGCUGAACGACCACGUCUAAGUCCUGUUCCUGAACAAAUUCUCAGCUCCAUGGAUCAGGGUGUCUUUAGAGGAUUCUCUUACACAAAUCCGAAUGCGACCGACUGAUUCGAAUUCGUCCAAUAGAGGAUAGCGUUCCUAUUUCUUAUAGAUGGGACACCUCAAUGACAAUAAGGGUCCCUUGUCAAAAGAUGUCGUCGCGGUUCGUCCAAAAGAAUGACGAGUUUUACUGCGAUAUUGUGAAAAGUCGGAUAUCCCGACUAAUUUAAUUGGCCAUAAUGUCGAAUUAAAAACGACAGGAAGUUGGGCUGAGUUAUAAUCAUGAAAGACGCGGUCGUUACACUGAGGCAUAGCAGAGAUUUCUUCUUUUUUUUUUUCAUAGGGAAGACUCACUGCACCCGGGACACGUGUAUGUGUAUAAUCGUGUCUAUUUCAAGAAACUCGUGUUCCUCCUAGAUUGUAGCAACGUUCGCGUAGUUGCUACAUGAAACUGUCGAAAGUCCUACGAGAAAUCUUGAAAGGAUUUACUCGAAUGGUAAUAGGACCCCACGAAGUACGUUCUCUAGUAUCUAUAGUAUCUCUUGUAUACCCACUUUAAAUGUAAACGGUAUCGGUACAAUUUUUACUCAGUUCUCCACGGGAGUUGAAUACGUGGAAAAUUUGCAGGAUAAUUUAUUUAUAAGAGAACUAUAGAAGCUCAGGAAAUCUCGAAUACAUGAAUAUCGGAUUUUCGUUAGAUACUGGUGACUCUCGUCUACUAUAACGAGAAGUUCUUAGCAGUUACACGGGUUUGAAUAUUAUUAUUCGAGAUUGCUCAUUUAUCUUACUCUCAAAUUAUGUAGUUUGCUAUUAGGCAUUUUUUUUUAUUGGAACGCCAAGAAAGAAUUGUUAUCGAUAUGAAUACUGAAGCGGAUGUCAUAGUUACCGAAAUGAAAAAAGUUUAUCUAGCUGCGUAUGCUAAUGUCGUUAAAGAGACGUAAAGGGGUAAGAAGACAUAGCUGAGCAUAAUUACCCUCCACUUGUGUUUUUCAUCUCAUCCUCGGGUUACCGUAGCCGCCAGGUUAUUAAUACCUUGAAGUGUCUUAUUAUUAUGGCCGCGAUAGAUAAAGUUCGAGUGUUUUCCCCAAGUAAAGUCUCCCCUCUUGGCCCGUGGUGAGCGUGCGCUAACUUUAGACCCUCGCGGAAUUGGCAAACCGUUUCGCGUCCAUAUGCCAACCGGGAAGCGAUGAGUUAUCACGCAUAGAAUUACCAGUAGUAUGGAUCUAUCGACAUUCAUAAUGUAUAAAAUUUCCAGGAAAAUCAAUGAAAUUUAUUAUACAAUGAUAAUGAGUAUAAUAUCUUAUGACAGAAGCACGUCUCACGCUUCAGACACACAUAGUUGACUCGCCGUUACGGUUGGCAAUCAAGCAACCGUGUUAAUCGAAUUAAUUAAAGUCUCUUAGUCUCAUUCAGUCGUUGGUAGACGUAGAAGGCCUAAUGAGCGUUCCGCGAAGGGUUUAAAAAAGCAGCCAGUACGCGACUAGUAGCCAAGCAGUUCCUGUCGACGCUCGACCCGAAAUUAAGGAAGAGCCAAUAAGACACCGCGAGAAGAGUGUUGGGAAAAUUUCGAAAUUGCAACUCUAUUUCUAGUGCUCUCUUCUCAUCUUUCUCUCUCUCUAUCUCUCUCUUUAUUUGUCGCUUUCUUUAUGUGUCUUCAUCUUUUUCCCGCUCCUUGGUAUCUCACAAAAGACCGUCCCUGGUUGAGAGUCUGUACCCGACUGUUCAAAGUGCCAGGUUAAAAUCUCGAGGAGAUAAAUACAAAGGGGAAAAAGAGAGAGAGAGAGAGAGAGUGUAUGUGUGUACUGGAGAGAUGAUAAAAAGAAACGAAAGAAAAAAGGGAUAUUGAGGGUUCAAUGGAGUUCACGUGUACCCGGGUGAAUCGCGAUUUUCAGUAUAAAUAAUAUCAUUGAAUGGAGUAUGAAUAUUCGCGUUCAACAUGUACAAAUGGACACAACUGUGUUUUUCAUCAUCCUUACUUAGAAACUGGAAGAUCAGAUGUUAAUGAGAAGUACAGACUUAUUUGAUACCGCGGCGACUGCGGGGCGUCUACAGGGCCGCACGUGUAAAUUGUGAGAGAGGAAAAGUGAGGGUGUCGAUAUAUAAAUAGAUUUCAGUGUCUGUCUUAGAUGCGGCCCUAUUGAAGUUAUUUUUGAACCCAUCGCGAGUUGUUACAGUCCUCCGCUCAGUUCUAAGGAGUUUUGCCUCGCAAGAACGUGCUCGCGGGACUAAAUAAUCAGGAUAAAACAAAGGUGUAAGGGAAAGCCGGUUCCCAAUCGAAACUACCGCCGCGACGAUACCUUUAGUUUUUACGCGAUAACAUCCGCGUACUUUGUGAUUUUCGUCGUUUCUUCUCUUGACUCCUUCUCCUUCCUUCCCUCUCACAUUAAUUUUCUUCCGUUUUUUCUUCUCCCUCAUUUUUUACGAGGUAUUUUGAUACGAUGUAUCCUCGUGUUAUGUACAUAUUUUGAUAAAGAUGUAACGUUAGCGUAUAGCUAAGUCGAUUUUCUCGCUAGUCAUUUUUAAGUAAGUGCUUUUUAACGGAUAACGAAUGUAAAUUGUUGUACAAAAUAAACUCGAAUGCGCACAA